AGUCGACGUAAACUAAUCAUUUCUGUUUCGUGUCCUGACUGAGCUUAUGCAGCUGCAGCCGUGUGCUGAGGGAACGAACCGCAUGAAAAUAAACGAAUCACUCACUGAGACGAGUCAUUACUCACGAGUCAAAUAAAAGAUUAGUUCAAAUUGAACGAUACGUUCAUGACCGACACACAAUGUAAAGAACGAGAGGUCCACCAGAGAUGCAAAAGAGUUUAGACAGCUGAAGAGCGGUUAACAAUUAAAAACUGACCUAAUUUGUGUUUGAGCGUUGAGCCACAUUUGGUUCUGUCUCGUUGUAUUCAUAAUAAAACAGCUGCAGUUAAAGACACGGAGGGUCUGACUGAACCCACUGAAGCCGUGAACUGGAGCGUCAUAUUUCCGCGCCACGUGCAGCUGUGGAGGACACCGAGCAUGGGACACCUUGGAGGAUUAUUCCUGCUGAUCGUCCCGCUAACCUGCCACCAAAUCUGGGGUGCUGCAGGUCACACUCUGCCCUCCUGCACAGAGCAGCUGGAGUUCAGGUGUAGCGACGGCUCGUGCAUUCCAAAGCUGAGUGUGUGUGAUGGACACACAGACUGUGAGGAUGGAUCAGAUGAAGACCACUGUGCUGUGAACACAUGCCCACCCGGAAACCAGCUGUGUGAUAAGCGAACUGACUGCAAAGAUGGACGGGACGAUUCUGGGAGGCCGUGUGGUUUCUCUCCGCCACAUCCACAGACUUCUCCCACAUGUACAACAUCUGACUUUCAGUGUGGUGACGGACAAUGCGUCCCUCAGGCCUGGAAGUGUGACAACUCAAGAGAUUGCUCUGAUGGGAGCGAUGAGGAGAACUGUGCUCAAAACGAGUGUGAGGUCAAUAAUGGGGGCUGCUCUCAUGAGUGUUUCGACCUGCCGAUGGGUUUCCUCUGCAUCUGUCCCGACAACAUGAGGCAGGUCGAUGACACCCACUGUGAGGAGGUUGACGCUUGUUUAGAAAGCGAUGUGUGCGAUCAGCUGUGUGUUCACGUGAAUGGCAGCCUCACCUGCGACUGUCACGAGGACUACCAGAUGAAUCCAACCACCAGAGAGUGCAAGGCCAAAGGAGAUGAGGCUCAGCUGGUUUUCACCUCUUCCAAAGGAAUGCGAUGGAUGAGCAUCACUGGUGCUGAGAAUAGAAAACCAGCACCGCAUAUAGCUGGACCAGGACCAAUGGCGGUCCUGGUCUCUAACCGAACACUAUAUUGGGCCCGGCAAGGACGCGGCUCCAUUUAUAGGGUCUCCAUGGAUGCAAAGAAGCAGAAUUCUGUGUCGGUGCUGAAAGUUCAAGGUUCGGUGUCAGGCCUUGCUGUGGACUGGAUCCACCAACUCCUCUACUGGACCAAUACAGAGAGCGGUUCUGUUAACGUUGGCCUGCUGGACGGUUCGACUUGGCGUCCGCUUAUCACAGGACUGGACAAACCUUCUGCAGUGGCUGUGGAUCCUCUCCGAGGUCUGCUGUUCUGGGCUCAGUGUGGCAGCUUCCCAAAGAUUGAGAGGGCCAGUUUGGACGGUCGAGACAGGAAGGCACUGGUCAUUUCCGCAAUUCGCCACCCUGUCGCUCUCUCUCUGGAUAUUCCUCGCCAGCUGCUGUACUGGUUGGACCAGGGAAAGAGAAGUAUCUCCAGAGUAAAUCUCGAGGGCCGGCAGCGUAAAACAGUGGUAGAGUCGAACGGUUAUCUGGACCGGCCUUUUGGACUGGCUGUGUUUGAGGGUUUUGUUUAUUGGAGUGAAGAAGUAAUGCGCUCCAUCUCCCGCGCCAACAAACACAAUGGGAAGGACUUCAAAGUACUGCUGUCAAACGCCACCUCCCCCGGUGGCGUGGUCAUCGUUCAUUCUGUUCUUCAGCCAGAAGGGCCAUCUGUUUGCGGACAUACCGGAACAGUGUGCCAGCACCGAUGCGUUUUCGACCUGCUGUCCGAGAGUCCAGAGUUCAGCUGCACUUAUCCAGAAAUGGGACAAAACAAAUCUCAAGACACUCCUGCAAUUUCUCGCACGUUACCUGCAUCAACUUUCUCUGACCCUACAUUUGCUGGAAUCAUCUCUCUCAUCAUGUUUCUCAGUGUGCUACUGGUAGGGAUGGCUUUAUGGUGGUGGAGGGAGGAGUUCAGGCCAUCCAUGUCUCUCACUGAGCGGAGCUUCUCCCUAAAAGAGUCCCAGGACCCGCUCGUCAUCCAGGAGCUAACCAUGGGUCCAAACACAUGUCCUGUCAAGGAAACUUUGCUUAAGCUGGACUUUGACGGUGAAUGAAGAAAGUGUGACACAGAUGGCUAAGUGACGGGGCUUCACCUGGUGCUGCUUCAACCCAUGCAGUGACCUCAGGGCCAAUAGGAUGACCAGACAACAAAGCCAGCUGAUCAGCCUGUUGUGUCCCUGUUCUCCAUGGUAAAUAUCUCAGUUUUGAAGGGGAAACUCUUUUAAACCGUAACUAUGGUUGUGUCUUUGGAUUUUGAAGAAGUAUUACUUUCAGCCCUGUGGGGCUCCAAAACGCUUCUUAGAUGUUCAUGAUGAUGUUCGCUCUUAAAGCUGAGAGCAGCAGUAAAUCUCAGCACGGCUAACCUCAUGUAUGCCUUUUUUGGGUUUCAAGACUGUUUUUAAGACCUUCUCUAUUUUUUGGGACUUUAUAGACCAAAUCCAAUCCAAUCCAAUGAUUGAAAUUAAUUAGUAGUUGCAGUCCUUUAUGCUGAUUUUUAUUUUGAUGUUGCACUUUCUCUCUCAACUGUUUGAAUGUUUAUUUCAUCUUAGUGCAAAUCCUAAAUCUUUACUUUUCCUGUAUUAUUAAUGAUGGUAUUUACUUUGAGAUAUCAAGCAGGAAUAUCAUGAAUAAUUCGGCUCCAUUUUGUUAAGGAAAACAGUCACUGUUGUCUGUAUGUAUGUUGGCUUUUGCUCAAAGAAGAGUUUAAUUGUAAACUGAAAGAAUGAAGGUCUGCACACUGGAUUUUAGGAAUUGUUCAUUGGGGGAAAUACGCCUAUUCCUUCCUCUCCAAAAGAUACAAUCUUCACAGUAAAUAUGAAGCUUAACACAAAGGCUGGAAACGGGUGGGGGUUGGGGAAGGAUGCUAGCUUGUCUAAAGAUAAACACAGAGGAAAGUGUCCAGCAUAUAACCCCUUUUGCCAAACAACAACCUGUGAGACGCAAAUUGUUUGUGGGCUUUAGAGGUGCUGGUAGGUGGGUUUGUAGACAGAGCCAAGCGAGCUGUUUCCUCAUGUUUCCAGUCUUAGUGCUAAGCUAAGAUAUCCAGCGGAUAGCUGUAGCUUUAUAUUUACUGUACAGACAUGAGUGGUAUCAGUCUUGACUGUACAUAAGUGUAUUUACUGAAAUGUUGAACUAUGCCUUAAAAAAGAUCUAUGCGGCUACUAAUGCUGUAAAAAAAAUAGUGAAAUGUAGCCUAUCUUUUAAUUGCAAUAAUGUUGUAAUGAAGUUAGAGGAUUUCUUUAGUUGCAGGUUAAUUGUUUUGAUGCCUUCUGCUGGUGCUACACUGGGAACAAAUCUGAAUUUUGUUUUGUUCCACGAAAUGUCUCGUAGAGGUUUAAUUUUGCUCAUGCGCACAAAGCUACAAGCACAAAGUGUUGGAGUGAAUGAUGUGGUGGUUGUGGCUUGUUUGAAUUCAGUCUUUUUGUGUUUUUUUUGUUUUGCUUGUUUGAAAAAAAUAAAUAAAAAAUUGCCAUUUGUUAUGAGACAAUUGUGUAAGAGUGCCCAUACUGCUGAGUUAUGCGGUUGGUAUUUAUUUUUAAGGAAGGGUUUUAUUUAUUUUUGGGCAGAAAUACAGUCAUUGCUGUACUGUAUAACUGUAUACUGUAAUUAAUAAAGUAUUAUGUUUUUUCCUA